UCUUGUUACCUGUUGAUGAUUUAACGAAAUUUCCUCCAUUUGCUAAUGGAAAGUAUAAUUCGAAUGAUCAGGAUACUCAAUUCAUAAGUGAAUUGGUUAAAAUUGUUAAUGUAAUAGAUUUUGUUUCGUCUAAUAAUU